AUGGAGAAGCUACUUCGAUACGCAUUAACAGUCAAGCCGGGCAGGUUUGCUCGCCUUGCACUCAAUGGCGCCGGCACAUUCUGCGCUUGCACCCUGGUUUGGGAGCACCUAGUGACUGUACAAUCCAGCGAAGGUCCCUCGAUGUACCCGACAUUCAACCCACGCGGCGAUUGGCUCCUCGUUUCACGACUGCAUAGCAAUGGAAAGGGAAUAAAGGUCGGCGAUAUUGUGCGAUUCAACCACCCAACCUUUUUGGGUGUACAUGCUGCAAAAAGAGUGAUUGGUAUGCCGGGAGACUUUGUUUGUCGUGACCAGCCACUCAGUACGGAAGCUGGAAAACAACCGGAUAUGAUUCAGGUUCCCGAAGGACAUGUAUUCCUCGUUGGCGAUAACCUACCCUGGUCAAGAGAUUCGAGAAACUACGGCCCCGUCCCUCUGGGUCUGAUCAAUGGGAAAAUCGUGGCUCGCGUCUGGCCACCGUCGAAGAUGGAAUGGGUCAAGAACACUAUGCAGCCGGCUGAACUGGACGACUAA